UAGCAGUCGAACAAGCAACUGGUAACAGACCUCGUCCAGCCUAAGAGAUGAAGAGCUUGCCUAUCGUUAUUUUGGUGCUGUGCGGAGCUGUUUGCCUGGCUAGGCCUCCUCAGACAAGACCGAGGGCAACUAGAGGAUUUAAAAAUGUCGCAUUAUCCACAGCCCGAGGCUUUGGCAAAAGAGACGGCCUACCGCCCCUACAACAACCAAGAUUAAAAGCGGAGUGGUUAGCAAAUGAACUGACAAACAACCCUGAACUGGCUGGUAUGUUCGUGAGGAGGUUCUUAGAUGUAGAUGCCGACGGCUUCAUCUCGCCCAAUGAAUUAUUGGCCAGAACACACUAGUGUAGACUUGGCAACUUUGAAGAUUGGCUCCAGCCUCAACAUCAUCUCUAAGAAUACUAGUUACUUAAGUUAUUCAUCAAAUAUUUCGGAACAUAGUUAAAACUUUGGUAUUCUUUGAUUAUCUCAAUAUCCUAUCUCUGUCUGUAGGUGUAUUUGUAAUAAUUUUGAAAAUAAAUAUAAUAUUGUAAAAAUAUUCAAUAUUGUCUUUGUUAUUCAUAUAUAUAUUCAAUCUGAAUAAAUGUAUUUACCCAAAUUACCUG